CCAAAAGAGAAGAAGGUAGAAGAAGAACCCUAAUCGAGCAGGUCUCACACUCUUUUGGACAUGGCCAAGUCAAAGAAUCACACAGCUCACAACCAGUCCCGCAAGGCCCACAGGAAUGGCAUCAAGAAGCCCCAGAGGCACCGCCACACGUCCACCAAGGGGAUGGAUCCCAAGUUUCUGAGGAACCAGAGGUACGCCAGGAAGCACAACAACACCAAGACCGAAGAGUCUGCUGAGGAGUAGGGCAUGACCUUGCCUAGUGAUGAUGAAGCUCUUCGGGUUCUCUUUUGAUUAGGGUUUUAUUUUGAUUUGAACUUGUUUCAGAAUACUUUAAUGGUACUGUUCUGGGAUUUUAUGUGGGGAGCUGAACUCCGUUUUAUAUGCUAAAGAUGUUGAAGCUUUUUGGUUAA